AUGGCCAUGGCGCAGCGAGUGGAGAAUGUGGAUACACUCGACGAGCUGGAUGUGUUCACGUCUCAAGAAGCGAACAAUUUAGCUCAGCAACUGGAAUCCUCCGACAACGAGGAUACCAGAGUACUGAUUGAGCACGAUGGCGAAUGGCCUGGCGCCGCCACUAUCGCGGAUGUAGUCCAUGGAACGCUCCGCCUACACCCACUAUGCAACGUAGUGCGUUUCACACCGCACUUCCAGCGCCUCGACCGCCUUCGGCAGCUGGGGGUCGCGUACAGCGUCUUUCCGAGUGCAACACACACUCGCCUUACUCAUUCCCUGGGAGUUUCGCAUCUGUGCUUCGAGCUGCUGCGGAAGCUUCGAGACAGCCAGCGAGGCCAGCUGGAGCUGGAGGAGCGCGACAUUCGCAAUGUCGCAUUGGCAGGUCUAUGCCACGAUUUGGGUCAUGGGCCCCUCAGCCACGUCUUCGAACGGGAGUUUCUGCGGCGAAGCGGUAUCAGUAACUGGGAGCACGAGGACAUGUCGCUGGAGAUGUUCAAGGAUAUGGUGGAUAGCAACGGGAUCGAGGGAGUGGACCAGGAGGAUUUUCGCUUCAUUGAGAACAUGAUCAAGGGUGUCAAGCCUGAAAUGAGAGCGAAAUGGCCGGCCGGAAAGCGGUUCCUGUUCGAUAUCGUGUCCAACGAUUACACGGGGGUCGAUAUGGACAGGGCGGACUACCUUCAGCGUGACGCCUUGAUGUGCGGCAGGUUUCGGCUGAACUGCAAUUUCCAGGACCUACUGUCGUAUGCCAGGGUGGUUGAUGACCAAAUCUGCUACCCGACUUGGCAGCUGCACAACGUGUGGUUCGUGUACAGCGAGCGGGUGCGGAUGUUCCGAGAAGUCUACACCCACAGGCGGACCAAGGCAGCUGAGCUGAUGGCGGUGGAUGCGCUCAUGAUGGCGAAUCAGGCGCUGCACUUCUCUAACAGGAUCGCAUCGCCGAAGGAAUACCUGACACUCAAUGACGAGCUGUUCUCGAUGAUCGAGCACUACCAUAUAACUCACAAUGAGGCCUUUCGGCGGCUGGGCGGCGCGGAGCAGCGCCGCCUGGCGGAGGCGCAGCAAGUGCUGGGCCGGAUACAUCGGGGGGCCCUGUACGACUGCUGCGGAGAAUGCGAGGUUCCGGAGCGGAUGCUGCUGGACGGCACUUGGGAUAAGCUCUGCAAGGAGUUCCGGGACGACGUUGUGGCGUCGUACGACGCACAGUUGCUACCAACGGACAUCAUGCUGGAUCUGAAUCAGAUUGACUACGGCAAGGGUGGCGUGGACCCCAUGGCCAAGGUGGGGUUCUACAAGGGCGAUGGGGACGGCCUCGUCAAGGUGCCGGCGGACCUCGAACAGCUCCGAGGCUGUGAACGGCCUAGCUGCUUCAAGACUCGCACGCUGCGUGUGUUCGUUCGCCAGCCCGGACAGCGGCGAGCCGCGUCGGCCGCGUUUCAGGAGUGGUGCCGACGCCGGCUGGGAUCUGACGUACGCGUGGAUACGGAAAUGUUGGACGAGCGAGAGGACCCCCGCCGGAGCUACGGUGUCGCUUCAGCAGCGGCGACAGGCUGUCUCGGCAAGCGGAUCGCGCAGCGCUCGGCAGCAGAUCCACGGAGAUGGGAAGCUGCUGCCGCUGCCUCGCCGCUGUCCCCACAGCCUGUUACUCCGGCAUCGAAGAAGUGCAAGACGACGGAAGCCGCGAACAACUCGGCGACAGUUGAUGUUGAGCUUUGAGGACUUUUAGCAGCAGCGCAAGAACGUUGCACAGGCCAACAAACGCGCCGCGAAAAAGAUGGUGUACAGUACCGCGAAAAGGGGCAUCUGGCGGCGGCAAAGACUUUCCAAAUGCCGCAGGCCUUCGCACUGCAGCUUACUCAAGUUUUUAUGGGGGACUAGAAGGUUGACCUUUUGCAAAACUUUCCACCAGCUCGAUCCGCGUCGUGAAGAUAUAAUUUAUAAUACUUUCGUCUUUUUUAGUGCUUUCCUAGGGCCGUAUGAAACGGCGGCCUGGCAGGACACAGUUCUCUUUAUUUUC